CCUGGAGAAGCCAUGGAGCUGAGCAGCAAGAAGAAGCUUCAUGCCCUAUCCCUGGCCGAGAAGAUCCAGGUGCUGGAACUCCUGGAUGAGUCCAAGAUGUCCCAGUCAGAAGUGGCCCGGCGCUUCCAGGUCUCCCAGCCCCAGAUCUCACGCAUCUGCAAGAAUAAGGAGAAGCUGCUGGCAGACUGGUGCAGCGGCACAGCCAACCGGGAGCGCAAGCGCAAACGGGAGUCCAAGUACAGUGGCAUCGAUGAGGCUCUGCUCUGCUGGUACCACAUUGCCCGGGCCAAGGCCUGGGAUGUGACAGGGCCCAUGCUGCUCCACAAAGCCAAGGAGCUGGCUGACAUCAUGGGCCAGGAUUUUGUGCCCAGUAUUGGUUGGCUGGUCCGCUGGAAACGCCGAAACAAUGUGGGCUUUGGGGCCCGCCAUGUACUCACACCUCCGUUCCCCCCUGAGCCACCACCUCCAGGCCUCACACCCCAGACCCAGCUGCCUCUUUCCCUUAAAGACUUCUCCCCGGAAGAUGUGUUUGGCUGUGCUGAAGUGCCCCUGCUGUAUCGGGCAGUGCCUGGAAGAGUGGGUAUAGGUGAUCAAGUGCAGGUUCUGCUGUGUGCCAACAGCAGGGGCACAGAGAAGCGGCGUGUACUGGUCAGUGGGCUCCAGGCUGCACCAAGGUGCUUCUUUGGGGUUAGCAGUGAGGCUCUGCCUGCCUCCUACUACCCUGAUCUGGGCAUCCCCUGGUCAGAGUGGUUGGCACAGUUUGAUCGGGACAUGGGGAGGCAGGGCCGACAGGUAGCCUUGCUGCUAGCUGCCCAAGUGGUGGAGAAGUUGGCAGACCUGUCUGGGCUCUGCCAUGUGAGGCUCCUGCCUCUUCCCACUGCUAGCACUGCACCUUCCCUGCCCAGCUCUGUGGUUCGGGCCUUUAAAGCCCAUUACCGGCACCGUCUGUUGGGCAAGCUGGCAGCUGUCCAAAGUGAGAGGGCUGGCACGUCGCUGGCUGAGGCUGGGGCAGGCAUCACAGUGCUGGACACUCUGCACAUGGCGGCAGCGGCCUGGGCCAAGGUGCCUCCCCAGUUCAUUGGAAGCAGCUUCAUUCAGGAAGGGCUGGCUCCCUGCAAAAUGCCCCUGUCCCUGGACAAAGCCUCUGAGAUGCCACCAGUCCCCUGUGGACUGAGCCUCGAGGAGUUUUUCCGCUUUGUGGACCUGGAGGGUGAGGAGCCCAUGUCUGGAGUGUGCAAAGAGGAGAUGGGUACUGAAGACGAGGAGGGGGCUGGCGAGGACAGCUUCGAGCCACUGCCUACCAAAGCGGACGCUCUCCAGGCCCUGGGCACACUGAGGAAGUGGUUUGAGUGCAAUGGCACCUCCCCUGAGCUAUUUGAAAAAUUCUAUGCUUGUGAGGAGGAGGUUGAGCGGCUCUGCUGCCUGUGAAGGGCCCUGCUACUCUCCAGAGCCCCUUCCCGUCCUGUUUCCCAUGGAAACGCCCUCUCACAGAGGCAGAUUGGAGGCCGGUCUCUUUCCCAUGGAAAUGGAGCUUUUGUGAAAGGUGUAGAAGGAAGACAAGUUUGGAGGCCAAGUCUAAGCUCUGAAUAAGUUAUCCAAGCCCAGAGAAGAGGGAUUCAAAGGGGGCAUUAGGGGGUGGAGCUAGGCUAGGUAGUUUCUGAACCUAGGGAGGCUGGGACUUAGGAAGGUGGAAUUUGGGCUUUACA